AUGAACAAAGACACACGCAUUCUUAUCGUCGGAGGAGGGUGUUUUGGAACCUCGACUGCUUACCACCUUUCUCAACGAGGCUACAUCUCUAUUCGCGUGCUUGAUAGAUACCCACCGCCGUCUUGUGAGGCUGCAGCGACCGAUAUCAGCAAGAUCAUUCGCAGUGAUUAUAAUGAGCCACUCUAUGCGCGACUCGGCAUUGAAUCAAUUGCUGCAUGGCGCUCUUGGCCUAUGUUCCGUGGCCUUUAUCAUGUUCCUGGCUGGAUCUUAAGUGCCGCCAACCUUUCUAUACCAUUUGUUGAGGGGUCGAUCGACACGUGCAAGAAACUUGGAGUCCAGGGUCUAGAGAGACUUACUCCGGAGCAAAUUCGUUCGCGUUUUCCGGUUGUCAAGGGCCUGUUAGACGGCUGGAAUGUCAACAUUUGGAAUCCAACAGCGGGCUGGGCGGCUGCAGGUCAAGCCCUGGAACAAAUGGCCAGGGUUGCCCAACAACAGGGUGUGGAAUAUAUUUCCGGAGACAAGGGCUAUGCAAGGAAAUUGAUCUUUGAUGAGAUUUCCCAGGAAUGCAAAGGCGUGAUCUGCGCUGAUGGAGCGCGUCAUGAUGCAGAUUUGGUCAUCAUUGCAACUGGCGCAUGGACUCCUUCUCUAAUCGACUUGCAAGGCCAAUUGACAGCGAAAGGUCAUGGUGUUGCACAUAUCCAGCUUACACCAGCUGAGACAAAGCACUAUGCUGCGAUGCCUAUCAUGGAUAAUCUUGAGCUUGGCUAUUUCUUUCCUCCCAAAGAAGACGGUGUCUUCAAAUUAGCACACAGUCAAUUUGUCACCAAUCACCAGACUGACAAAAACUCGGCUAUCACAACAUCAAUCCCUCAUACUUUUGUGCAAAGCCCGCCAGAUGGACUCCCGCUCGAAAUUGAGGCUACGAUGCGUCGGAAUCUGCGCCGUGUCUUCCCUGAACUGGCGGACCGACCUUUUUGCUAUACUCGACUAUGUUGGGAUGCGGACACGGCAGACCGUCAUUUUCUUGUUACUCCCCACCCUGGUCACAAGCAACUGUUUUUAGCAACCGGUGGCUCAGCCCAUGGAUUUAAAUUUCUUCCGAUUAUUGGGAAGUAUGUUGUAGAUCUUCUAGAAGGGAAGCUUGAUGCUGAAACGGUGGAAAAAUGGCAAUGGCGCGCUGGCCAGAAUUUUGAAACGAAGAACCUUGCACAUAUGGAUCCAGAGCUAGAAUUAGCUGAUCUGACCGGUUGGAAAGAUAGACAAGUGCGUGAAGGGAAGCAGUCAUCAAAAUUGUUAUACCUAUAUGAUUAG